CCACACCCACAGCUUUGAAAGAGAGGCUAGAGAGAGUGGACUGGGCUGAGUAGUCAGGAACCACACCCACAGCUUUGCAAUACGGGUUUGUGAAAGAACCCUCUCACUCCCCCACAACACCAGGUUGGGUCUGGAACAGAGCAGUAGGCAGUAACUUGACGUUGGUCUGACAUCACCUCUCGCCUGGCUGCUGGAAGGAUAGAAGAUGGCUGUGAAUAAGUGUGUGAAGUACCUGCUCUUCCUCUUCAACCUACUGUUCUGGGUGAGUCAUAUUAACCUAAAUGGUUUUAACUAUAGUUUCCUUGAUUGGUUUGACGUUGGUUUUUAAUCAUAAAUGUGUCUGUGUAGGACAGUGAGGUGUUUGAUCGUUUUAGUGAUCAACUAGUAGCCCUAGUACAUGUAGUAUUCGUUCAAAAAGCUAUUUACAUGUCUGUUAUGGAAAUGAAAUCACGUUUCAAUGUGUCUGCUAACAAUGUGUGAAUAUCACACGGCCAUCUUUCGUUAAAGCCUUCAAGACAAAAUAACUCUGACCACUCCCUCCUUCGUAUGGUUCCUGUUCCAUAUAUCCACACUAGCUUUUUCCAUCUUUGUAAAGACAUGAUCAAUUAUAAUUCCAUCUCGCCACUCUCAGCCCGACCAGAGAGGGGGCCCAGCCAGGUCAUAGCAGGCUACUGUAUCGAUACACUUCUCAGGCCAGCUAAACCCUUUAAAGCAUAUUAACAUUAAUGACUUUCUGAUUGGUCUCUGUCCUGAGUUUACAUGUUUUGUCUUUGGAAAACAUGACCUGGUGAUUAUGUUUUUUUUCUACACAGAUUAGACAUUCACAACUCCCUUGGUUUGUUUCUCUGUAUGUUUUACCACUUCUUAAACUAGUCUCCUAGCCAUGGCCUUGACAGGAAACAUGGGAAAUACAAUAUUCUUCUACUGUUGAUGUGGGGGGAAAAAACUGCUUAGGCAUAGUGCUUCAUGGUUAUCUGUCCUUAGCCUGUUGCCAGGACCUGUCCUGAGUUUUUACGUCAGUUUAUGGAGCCUUUAACAAACCAGAAACCAUAGAAUUAAAGUACAGUAUCAUCUCUCUGCCAGAAACAACCCAUCUCCCACUCCCUAGGCAAUUAGGAUAUAUCUACAACCCAUCUCCCACCCCCUAGGCAAUUAGUAUAUAUCUACAACCCAUCUCCCACUCCCUAGGCAAUUAGGAUAUAUCUACAACCCAUCUCCCACCCCCUAGGCAUUUAGUAUAGAUCUACAACCCAUCUCCCACCCCCUAGGCAUUUAGUAUAGAUCUACAACCCAUCUCCCACUCCCUAGUCAGUGGGUACAGUACAUCACUGUAAUGUAGCACAACAGGUUGGAUAGGUACUGUAAUGUAGAGACUGGCAGGUUGGAGAGUUACAGCACUGGAAUGUAGAGACUGGCAGGUUGGAGAGUUACAGCACUGGAAUGUAGAGACUGGCAGGUUGGAGAGUUACAGCACUGGAAUGUAGAGACUGGCAGGUUGGAGAGUUACAGCACUGGAAUGUAGAGACUGGCAGGUUGGAGAGUUACAGCACUGGAAUGUAGAGACUGGCAGGUUGGAUAGGUACUGUAAUGUAGAUACUGGCAGGUUGGAGAGUUACAGCACUGGAAUGUAGAGACUGGCAGGUUGGAGAGUUACAGCACUGGAAUGUAGAGACUGGCAGGUUGGAGAGUUACAGCACUGGAAUGUAGAGACUGGCAGGUUGGAGAGUUACAGCACUGGAAUGUAGAGACUGGCAGGUUGGAUAGGUACUGUAAUGUAGAGACUGGCAGGUUGGAGAGUUACAGCACUGUAAUGUAGAGACUGGCAGGUUGGAUAGGUACUGUAAUGUAGAGACUGGCAGGUUGGAGAGUUACAGCACUGGAAUGUAGAGACUGGCAGGUUGGAGAGUUACAGCACUGUAAUGUAGAGACUGGCAGGUUGGAGAGUUACAGCACUGGAAUGUAGAGACUGGCAGGUUGGAGAGUUACAGCACUGGAAUGUAGAGACUGGCAGGUUGGAGAGUUACAGCACUGUAAUGUAGAGACUGGCAGGUUGGAGAGUUACAGCACUGGAAUGUAGAGACUGGCAGGUUGGAGAGUUACAGCACUGUAAUGUAGAGACUGGCAGGUUGGAGAGUUACAGCACUGGAAUGUAGAGACUGGCAGGUUGGAGAGUUACAGCACUGGAAUGUAGAGACUGGCAGGUUGGAGAGUUACAGCACUGGAAUGUAGAGACUGGCAGGUUGGAGAGUUACAGCACUGUAAUGUAGAGACUGGCAGGUUGGAGAGUUACAGCACUGGAAUGUAGAGACUGGCAGGUUGGAGAGUUACAGCACUGUAAUGUAGAGACUGGCAGGUUGGAGAGUUACAGCACUGUAAUGUAGAGACUGGCAGGUUGGAGAGUUACAGCACUGGAAUGUAGAGACUGGCAGGUUGGAUAGGUACUGUAAUGUAGAUACUGGCAGGUUGGAGAGUUACAGCACUGUAAUGUAGAGACUGGCAGGUUGGAGAGUUACAGCACUGGAAUGUAGAGACUGGCAGGUUGGAGAGUUACAGCACUGGAAUGUAGAGACUGGCAGGUUGGAUAGGUACUGUAAUGUAGAUACUGGCAGGUUGGAGAGUUACAGCACUGGAAUGUAGAGACUGGCAGGUUGGAGAGUUACAGCACUGGAAUGUAGAGACUGGCAGGUUGGAGAGUUACAGCACUGGAAUGUAGAGACUGGCAGGUUGGAGAGUUACAGCACUGGAAUGUAGAGACUGGCAGGUUGGAUAGGUACUGUAAUGUAGAGACUGGCAGGUUGGAGAGUUACAGCACUGUAAUGUAGAGACUGGCAGGUUGGAGAGUUACAGCACUGGAAUGUAGAGACUGGCAGGUUGGAGAGUUACAGCACUGGAAUGUAGAGACUGGCAGGUUGGAGAGUUACAGCACUGGAAUGUAGAGACUGGCAGGUUGGAGAGUUACAGCACUGGAAUGUAGAGACUGGCAGGUUGGAGAGUUACAGCACUGUAAUGUAGAGACUGGCAGGUUGGAGAGUUACAGCACUGGAAUGUAGAGACUGGCAGGUUGGAGAGUUACAGCACUGUAAUGUAGAGACUGGCAGGUUGGAGAGUUACAGCACUGGAAUGUAGAGACUGGCAGGUUGGAGAGUUACAGCACUGGAAUGUAGAGACUGGCAGGUUGGAGAGUUACAGCACUGGAAUGUAGAGACUGGCAGGUUGGAGAGUUACAGCACUGGAAUGUAGAGACUGGCAGGUUGGAGAGUUACAGCACUGGAAUGUAGAGACUGGCAGGUUGGAGAGUUACAGCACUGGAAUGUAGAGACUGGCAGGUUGGAGAGUUACAGCACUGGAAUGUAGAGACUGGCAGGUUGGAGAGUUACAGCACUGGAAUGUAGAGACUGGCAGGUUGGAGAGUUACAGCACUGGAAUGUAGAGACUGGCAGGUUGGAGAGUUACAGCACUGUAAUGUAGAGACUGGCAGGUUGGAGAGUUACAGCACUGGAAUGUAGAGACUGGCAGGUUGGAUAGGUACUGUAAUGUAGAGACUGGCAGGUUGGAGAGUUACAGCACUGGAAUGUAGAGACUGGCAGGUUGGAGAGUUACAGCACUGGAAUGUAGAGACUGGCAGGUUGGAGAGUUACAGCACUGGAAUGUAGAGACUGGCAGGUUGGAGAGUUACAGCACUGGAAUGUAGAGACUGGCAGGUUGGAGAGUUACAGCACUGGAAUGUAGAGACUGGCAGGUUGGAGAGUUACAGCACUGGAAUGUAGAGACUGGCAGGUUGGAGAGUUACAGCACUGGAAUGUAGAGACUGGCAGGUUGGAGAGUUACAGCACUGGAAUGUAGAGACUGGCAGGUUGGAGAGUUACAGCACUGGAAUGUAGAGACUGGCAGGUUGGAGAGUUACAGCACUGGAAUGUAGAGACUGGCAGGUUGGAGAGUUACAGCACUGGAAUGUAGAUACUGGCAGGUUGGAGAGUUACAGCACUGGAAUGUAGAGACUGGCAGGUUGGAGAGUUACAGCACUGGAAUGUAGAGACUGGCAGGUUGGAGAGUUACAGCACUUUAAUGUAGAUACUGGCAGGUUGGAGAGUUACAGAACUACGUAUUUUCAUUAGGCCUGAGGACGUUUCAUUACAGUCCCAUAUUAACCUGUGUUUGGCACUGGUCUCAUUCUUAACUUCUGAAACUGGUGGUAGGGGAGGACUGGGCUGGACUAGUACCUCUGACCCUUAGUUGUUGGAUAGAAGACAUUGGUGCAAGUGUUUUCUUUCUGUCCAGAGAGCACUCUGUUACCUUGGCUGAGUCACAUGGCAUAGUAGUACACUGUGUGUAAUGUGGUGCCAUUUGGGAUUGGAUGUGACUCUGUUCAUUUAUUAACUGGUAUGUGUUGCUUGGUCACUUAGUCAUUGUUCUAGAAUGUGCCGGUACUGCCCUAACUGGUUCUCUCUAGGGUGACUGGGUAGGGAAGGAGAAGUAAUUAUCUCGGGUUACUGGGUAGGUAGGGAAGGAAGUAAUUCUACCUCCACUGACUCUGAAAGGUGUUGCCUUUGCGAUGAUAGCUUAAGCCUUCCCAGUUCCCACAGUUAAAGCAGGGUCGUAUUCAUCAGUGCACUCCGUAGCUAAACAUUUUGCAACAUGGAAAAUGAAAAUGAUAAUUUCUCAAUGGACAAGCCUCUGCCCCUCCCUGAUUCAGUCAGUUUUCUUCCGUUUGGUGCAUAAUGAAUGCAACCCAGAUGCCUGGCUAAAUGUCACCAGGCACAGUGGUGUUUAGUGUGUGUGUGUGUGUGUGGCUUGAACUCCUUCAACUUCUAUAUGACUAAUGUAGGAAAUGUUGCUGGAAUUGAAUUGUGAAUUGCAGAAGAGUAUUCUUCUAAAAUGGAACACUUGUGGUGUUCUAGAAUGGGAAGUUGUUGCCCAGUGUUCCUAGCAUAGAACUCACUAGUCAUGUAUCGAGACAUAACUGUAGUCUGUGGUUUAGACUUGUGCUAUUUUCUAUCAAUUUGAGGCAGCCAGUGUUGCCUCACUACAAUGACUGAACGCUUGUACGUUUUUGUGUUGCGUUGGUUUACAAACCAAGGGUCCCGUGUAGCUCCGUUGGUAGAGCAUGGCGUUUGCAACGCCAGGGUUGUGGGUUCGAUUCCCACGGGGGGACCAGUAUGGGGGGGGGAAAACAAUAAAUGUAUGCACUCACUAACUGUAAGUCGCUCUGGAUAAGAGCGUCUGCUAAAUGACUAAAAUGUAAAGGGUAUUCAGUCUGAGGUAUAAGGUGUCACCUCCCCUUUGUGGACAGGUUGAAAUUACUUGUCCCAAAUGUCACCCUAGGAUUCCCUUUAGUGCACUACUUUUAACCAGAGGGGUAUACUACAAAGCAGGCUCAAUGAGUUAGCCAGCUAACUUUGAUAAACAACCAGAAAUAACAGAUUUUUCUGGUUCAUUUAACAUUAAGAAAGCUUAACCUAGAUGAGUGUUUGUUGGUUGACUCAAUUAGACCAUGCCCAUUUCAAGCAUAUCUAGCUAACUCCUUAAUCUUGAUUUGAAGUAUACCCCUCUGGCCCAUAGGGAAUAAGGUGCUGUUUGGGAUGAUGUCAUGGCCAGAGAAUGACCAGACCAGUCUCUAUGCAAGGCUCUACUCACAACCUGUUCUUUGUCAAAGACUCGUGUUUGCUGCCCGUCCAGUGUUGGCAAGGUGACCGGUUUCGAGCCUGGUCGGUCUUAUCUCAAGAACAAAAAAAUAUUUGUUAUGUUUUGUCUUGCGUCGCUUAGCAGCAAUCUGAUAGAAAAAGCAUUAGGGGGAAAUACCCACAAUGGUUUCUAUGAAUUGUGAUGUGGGUUGUUUACAAGUCCUGGGAAUCUCAAUUGUAUUUCUUUAAAAAAAAAAGUGGAACUGUUCAUUGCAUUUCUCUAAGUAGUAGCCCAACUUAAGUCUUACCAAUCCACCAAUUUGACCAGAUGACCUUACCUAGGCUAUAGUGUAAUAUAUUAACUGGAGAUUACCUUACCUAGGCUAUAGUGUAAUAUAUUAACCAGAGAUGACCUUACCUAGGCUAUUUACAUUUGCAUUUGUCAUUUAGCAGACGCUCUUAUCCAGAGCGACUAGGGUUAAGUGCCUUGCUCAAGGGCACAUCGACAGAUUUCACCUAGUCGGCUCGGGGAUUAGAACCAGCGACCUUUCGUUUACUGGCACAACGCUCUUAACCACUAAGCUACCUGCCGCCCUAUAGUGUAAUAUAUUAACCAGAGAUGACCGUACCUACAGUGGCUUCUCUUUCAAUGGAUGUAAGAGGCGAGGAUAGGAUUUGAGGAAUCAAGGAAAGCAAUUUGAGAUUCUCCCAUGUGGUCUAGCAUCCAUUGUUGUGACCACAGGAAAGCUAUCCUCCUGUGGUGGUUGGAUGAUGCUGUAUCUCAUCCUUGAUUGUGGUGGUUCAACUGUAGUUUCACAGUGGUGGUGGUUCAACUGUAGUUUCACAAAGUCGCCACCAGAUGUAGCUAGUGUGUUUUUGUGCAUCUUUGACAUGAAUCCACAUUCAUGUUGAGUUGGUACGGCAACAAGACCUGUUAAUGUAAUCCCAGUGACAUUGAAAUGCACAACUUUAUAAAGCUGAUUCUAGAUAAAGCGUUCAUUUCAUCUCUUUUUUUUUUUUCUUCCCCCAGAUCAGUGGAUGCAUCAUUCUUGGUGUCUCCAUCUACCUCAAAGUGAGCAAGAAUGGAAACAUGGUAAGGAAAUGUCCAGUCUGACACUACAUUGCCAUCCCCAUCAAAAGCUUUACACAGUAAAAAAAUAACAAGUGUAAACCCAUCACCUUGAUUAAAAAAAAAAAAAAAAAGGGAUCCAGUCAUAUAAAUAUAUUUAGCACGUAAUAUCUACAUGUAAAAAUGACUGAGAAACUGCCUGUCCCCCUUCCAUCAGAUAAUGGACGAGGCAGUGCCAUUUGUAGACCUGCUGAUAGCUGUUGGUGUCAUCAUCAUGGUGCUGGGCUUCUUGGGCUGCUGCGGAGCCAUUAAGGAAAACCGCUGCAUGCUCAUUCUGGUGAGGGGAAACACACACACACACACACACCCUUACAAUGGCUAACCCUCACAUUUUAAAAAUUUAAAAAUGCAACAGUAUUGUACACUGCAUAGGAUAACGCUGUCCCAAAUAGCCAACCGCUGAAGCACCGAACACAGGCAGUAGAGGCAGCAGUCGGCCACAGACCAGCAGUCAGACACACUAUAAAACAAAACCUUUAUUAUACUGCUCUACUUUUUGUCCUGGGUGCCAUUUUGAGCCUGUACGCCUGUAAAAAGGAAGUGGAUGCGGUUAGCUGCAAGAUGUGGAGGAGGUCUUGUUGUUUUGUCACCUAGUAGGUCAGUGGUGUUUUAAUCUUCAUGUUAAAGGUGUGGUUUGGCCUCUGGGGGGUUUUAGUGGCUUUUAGAAAUGUUCUGUGACACUUUCACUCAGUGGAACUUUGGUUUGGUUAGAUCCUACAACUAGUCUCUCCAUAUACCUACACACGAUCAUGUAUUUAACCUUUUUUUUUAUAUAUACAUGUUCGAGAUGGCAUCUCUUUUGCAAGAGAGACCAUUGCAAGUAUGAGAUUGCAAGUAUGAGAUUGUAAGGCUUUUAGUGAAUCUAAUGGUUUCCCCAGGUCACCCAUGGGAAAGGACUUCUGGGGACAGAUUUUCACAGCUUUUAAUCUGGAUCAGAAUGAUCCAGAUUCUGUAAUUGUCUUUUUUUGCUAUCCAGGAUCAGAUUGAUCUGGCUGGUUUUGCUAUACAGAAUCAAAUCAAAUUUUAUUUGUCACAUGCACCGACUACAACAGGUGUAGACCUUACAGUGAAAUGCUUACUUACAAGCCCUUAACCAACAAUGCAGUUCAAGAAAUAGAGUUAAGAACAUAUUUACUAAACACAAUCAAAUAACGAGGCUAUAUAAAGAGGGUAACGGUACCGAGUCAAUGUGCAGGUUAGUCGAGGUAAUUUGUACAUGUAGGUAAGGGUGAAGUGACUAUGCAUAGAUAAUAAACAGUGAGUAGCAGCAGCAUAAAAACAAAGGGAGGGGGGAGGGGUCAAUGUAAAUAGUCUGGGGAGGGGGGAGGGGUCAAUGUAAAUAGUCUGGGUGGCCAUUUGAUGAAUUGUUCAGCAGUCAUGAUUUGGGGGUAGAAGCUGUUAAGGAGCCUUUUGAUUCUAAACUUGGCUCUCCGGUACCGCUUGCCGUGCGGUAGCAGAGAGAACAGUCUGACUUGGGUGACUGGAGUCUUUGACAAUUUUGUGGGCCUUCCUCUGACACCGCCUAGUAUAUAGGUCCUGGAUGGCAGGAAGCUUGGCCCCAGUGAUGUACUGGGCCGUACGCACUACUCUUUGAAGCGCCUUACGGUCGAGUGCCGAGCAGUUGCCAUACAAGGCGGUGACGCAACCGGUCAGGAUGCUGCAUCUGUAGAACAUUUUGAGGAUCUGUGGACCCAUGCCAAAUCUUUUCAGUCUCCUGAGGGGGAAUAGGCUUUGUCGUGCCCUCUUCACGACUGUCUUGGUAUGUGUGGACCAUGAUAGUUUGUUGGUGAUGUGGACACCAAGGAACUUGAAACUCUCAACCUGCUCCACUACAGCCCCGUCGAUGUUAAUGGGGGCCUGUUCAGUCCUCCUUUUCUUGUAGUCCACGAUCAGCUCCUUUGUCUUGAUCACGUUGAGGGAGAGGUUGUUGUCCUGGCACCACGCUGCCAGGUAUCUGACCUCCUCCCUAUAGGCUGUCUCAUCGUUGUCGGUGAUCAGGCCUACCACUUGUGUCGUCAGCAAACUUAAUGAUGGCGUUGGAGUCGUGCGCGGCCACGCAGUUGUGGGUGAGCAGGGAGUACAGGAGGGGACUAAGCACGCACCCCUGAGGGGCCCCCGUGUUGAGGAUCAGCGUGGCGGAUGUGUUGCCUACCCUUACCACCUGGGGGCGGCCCGUCAGGAAGUCCAGGACCCAGUUGCAGAGGGAGGUGUUUAGUCCUAGGGUCCUUAGCUUAGUGAUGAGCUUUGUUGGGCUCUAUGGUGUUGAACGCUGAGCUGUAGUCAAUUAACAGCAUUCUCACAUAGGUGUUCCUUUUGUCCAGGAUCAGAUCGAUCUGGCUGGUUUUGCUAUCCAGGAUCAAAUUGAUCUGGCUGUUUUUCUUUUCCUCCAGAAAAUAAUUGGAUAGGAUCAUUCCGAUCCAGAUGCCACAAUAUCAAAGAUCACAGAAUCCAGAUGUUCAGUGCUUUGAACUGGCCUACACCUCGCCAUCUAAUUACUUAUUAUGGAUCCCCAUUAGCUGCUGCCAAGGCAUCAGCUACUCUUCCUGGUCCGGCAAAAUUAAGGCAGUUAUACAAUUCUAAAAACAUCUAAUGGACAGCUUGGGGUACUACCUCACUGUUAUAGGGAUACAGAGAUGAGUAAACUACAUGAAUUAAAAUACGUCAAAUGUAAAAUGGAGCCUGCAAAUCCCUUAUACAGUGCCUUUUGGAAGUAUUCAUGUAAAUGUGAUAUCUGUUUUUAAUUUUCAAUACAUUUGCAAACAUUUCUAAACAUGUUUUCACUUUGUCAUUAUGCAGCAUUGUGAGGGAAAAAAAUCUCUUUCAUCCAUUUUGAAUUCAGGCAGGUACACAAUGUGUAAGUCAAGGGGUAUGAAUACUUUCUAAAGCCACUGUAAGUAGAUGGAUUUAUUUGACACUUCUCAAUAUAACAACUAUCCUGCAGUCAAUUUAACGUAACGAAGCUUUGGUUUUCAGAUGUAACGUGUUUGGACCUCCUUUAGUUCCGUUGUAAUGUCUUGGUUGUAGGACCGUUCACCUUUUCUAAAACCACCCAGACUCCACCCUCCCAGUGGGAUCAAGAUGAUCACGAUUUACGGUCUCAAAAAUAUCCUCAUUACAUUUAAUCAUGAUUUUUAAAGGUGAUAUUGGAUUACCAAAUCCUUAUAUGAAAGAUCAGAGUAUCAUUUCACUUUUGAAAAACCCAAUUCUGAUAUUUUUAAUCUUAUCUGAUAAGUUGAAUCCAGUUCACUUUUAGAAAAACUUCCUGGACCAAUAGCAUGUGGUGGGCAUAUCAUGUUAUUGUUUUGUUUCAGUUCUUCGUCGGGCUGCUCCUCAUCUUCAUCCUCCUGCUGAUCGCCGGAAUCCUGGGAGCUGUCGGAGAGAAGAAGGUAAGGAGGAAACCCUGACUGGUUCAAUCAACGUUUCCACGUUUUUAAAUGAAAUUACGUUGAACCAACGUGGAAUAGACAUUGAAUUGAAGUCUGUGCUCCGUAGGAUGUCACACACCCACUGUUAGCGAGGGGAAGGUGACACACUCGUCGCGAUCAGAUUUGUUCAUUUUAUUCAUUUAGCAGACGCUCUUAUCCAGAGCGACUUACAGGCGCAAUUAGGGUUAAGGUGCCUUGUGCGAAGGCACAUCGACAGAUUUUUCACCUAGUCGGCUCGGAUUUGAACCAUUGACCUUUCGGUUACUGGCCCAACGCUCUUAACCGCUAUGCUACCUGUUGUGGGGACAAUUGAAUUCCUACAAAAAAAAUGUAGUCCCUCGUAUACAGUCAGUACCUUGACACUUCUUGAAUAUGUGUUUUAAUAAAACAUGCUUUCCACACCGGUUUCGUGUGUGUGACUCCCAUACUGUUCAAUGACUGUGUAAAUGGCCUCUUCCAGUCUCAGGUGUGGGUGAAGGAGAGUCUGGGGAAGCUGCUGCCACUGAGGGACCAGAAGCCUGACGUCCAGACGGACAUCCAGAAACUGGAAGUGGAGGUACCAUAGAGAACGAUAGAUCUUCAUUAUGGUGUCUGUGAACACACGGUGGCCAACGCCAUUGAGGUACUCACCAUUUUUGAAGUAGUACACUCUCUUCUUCACGAGUCAAAGUAAUUGGUUGAUCUCUCCUGAUGACCCGGUUGGACAUGACUCCGACAGGGUCAUCAGGAGGGAUCAGCCGAUGAAGUUGACUACUUCAAAAUGGAGAAAGUCCUCAGUGGCGCUACCCCAUGUUAAAACAGGCUUUUGGCCACCAGAGUCUUCUAUCCAACUCUAUGGGAGGUACCGAGAUGAAUCACCUGGACGUAGGAUGCGCCACAAAUGGCACCAAUUCCCUAAUAGUGUAUUACUUUUGAGCAGGACCCAGAGGGCUCUGGUCCAAAGCAGUGCACUAUAAAGGGAAUAGGGUGCAUCCUAUGUCCAGGUGAUUCAUCUCGGCACCUCCCAUAGAGUUGGAUAGAAGACUCUGGUGGCCAAAAGCCUGUGUUAACAUGGGUAGCGCCAUUGGGAUAGGGUGCCAUUUGGGUCGCAUCCUAUGUCCAGGUGAUUCAUCUCGGUACCUCCCAUUGACUGUCCAGUCUUGAAUUUGUCAGUGGUGAAUAAUUGUUUGUUUAGUGGGCUCCAGAUGAAUUGUUCUAAUUCAAUUGGCUACGGAUGUUAUUGGAUCAUUUUGUAGACAAACUGAAUAACAUUUUUUUUUAAAUCGUUAGAUGGGCUGUUACCUGAACAGAUCGUAGUAAAAUGUUUUGCAAUGGGGAAAAUGACAGUGUGCCUUUACUGAACACAACCCCUAGUGUUGGUGAGAUGGAGGGCUAACUCACUUGUUUUUCAGGCAAAGUGCUGUGGCCUGAUCAACGGAGCCUCUGACUGGGGCUCCACUGUCCCCAGCUCCUGUAACUGUGUUGACGCCGCUCAAGCCUGCCAACUUGCAGAUGGACGCCAAGUGUACUCAACGGUGAGCAGAGAUUGAUUUAUUAUUAAUAAAAUGCUUUUCAAGGAAGAAGGCAUUACAUUGUACAAAUUAAACAAAUCAAUAAACGUACACUACCAUCACAUCACACUACCACUACAUAACACUACCAUCACACUACCCCUACAUACACCCCCCUCCAUACAUCACACUACACCCAUACCUACAUCACAACCUACUCACAUCACACUACCACACACUACCGCUCAUACAUACCACUAACACCCACUACACAUACCCUACCAUACACACUACCUAACCACUACCAAUACUACAUCACACUACCACCUACAUACCUACCGUCUACAUCACACACUAACCCCUCAUACUACAUCACACUACCACUACAUCACAUCACACUACCACUACAUCACACUACCCGUGCACUACAUCACACUACCACUACAUCACACUCCCCACACACAACCUACACAUCACAACUACCCCAUACACACCCACACAUACACUACCCCUACAUCACAUACCACUACCAUCACACUAACCGUGCACUACAACACUACCCAACAUCACACACACACCACACUACCACUACACACUACCCUACCAUCACACUACCACUACAUCACACUACCCUACACUACUCACAUCCACCUACACACACAUCACACUACCCUACAUACAUCACACUACCCACUACAUCCACUACUCUCACACCUACCCUAUCACCUAGCCAUACAUCACCACUACCACACUACCCCACACUACCCUCACAUACAAUCACACUAACCACUACAUCACAUAACCAACUACAUCACACUACACUACCACUACCAUCACACUACCACUACACUACAUCACACUACCCCUACACUACAUCACACUACCCCUACACUACAUCACUACACUACCUCACACUACCACUACAUCACACUACCCCUACACUACCAUCACACUACCUACAACACUACCAACACCUACUACACACACUACCUACUACACAUCACACUACCCCUACCUCACACCUACACCUACAUAGCACACACAACUAACACUACAGCUACCUACCACUACCAUCACACUACCAUCACACUACCCUACACUACAUCACACUACCCCUACACUCACACUACCAUCACUACCUACCAUACACCUACACUACCAUCACACUAACCAUCACACUACCCCACAUCACAACUACCAUCACACUACCCGUACACUACAUCACACUACCCUAACACCAUACACACUACUACAACCUACACACAUCACACUACCCUACACUACCCAUCACAUCCCUAACACUACCACACCACACACACCCACACUACCCACACACACUACCAUCACACUACCGCUACACUACCAUCACACUACCCCUACACUACCUCACACUACCCCUACACACCACUACACACAUACCCCUACUACACCACACACUACCCCUACACGACCAUCACUACCUACACACCAUCACACUACCACCUACACCUACCACAACAUACCCCUACACGACUACAUCCCCACACUACCCACACUACCAUACACACAUCACACUACCCUACACGACCAUCACACUACCCUACACGUACCAUCACACUCCACCUCACUAAUCACACUACCCUACUACAUCAACUACCCCUACACUGACAUCACACUACCCUCAUACACUGACCAUCACACUACCCCUACCCUACAUCACACUACCCCUACUACAUCCAUACCUCACUACUCACACACUACGCUACAUCACACUACCACUACAUCACACUACCCCUACACGACAUCACACUACCCCUAACACGUACCAUCACACUACCACACCAUACAUCAUACCACACACACUACCUCCACUACCAAUCACCACAUCACACUCACUACAUCACACUACCACCGACACUACAUCACACUACCCCACUACACACACUCUACCCACACUACACUACCAUACCACUACACACUACACAUCAACACCUAUCACAUACCUACCUAACACAUACCGCUACAUCUACAUCACACUACCACUACACUACCCUACAUAAACCAACUCAUACACCAUCACUCCAUAAUCACUACCAUCAACACUAACCCCUACACAAUCCAUACAACUACACCACUACACCUACCACUACAUCACACACCCCUAAUCACCUCACUACCCACACAUCACACUACCCCUAUCACUACUCACAACGUAACUAAUCACACUACCCUACACUACAUCACACUACCCACUACCUACCCUAACCACUACAUCACCACCAUCAACUACCCUAAUCACAUCACAUACACUCUACCAUCACACACCAUCACACUGACCUACCACAUCACACUACCCCUACCAUCACACUUACCACCUACCACCCUACACACAUACAUACCUACACUACAUCACACUACCCCUGACACAUACAUACACACGCUACAUCACACCUACUAUCAACUACCUCCACAACUACCACAACUACACAACCAUACACACCACACACUACCUACACACAUAACACCAUUACACUAACACAUCACACUACCCACUACACAAUACACCUCACCUAACACCCCUCACUACACACAUACACAUACACACACUACCACAUACAACCAUCACUACCGCUACAUACAUCAUACCCUACAUCAACUACACACUAUCACAUACUACACUACGCUACACUACCACUACCAUACUACAUCACCUACCUACACAUCCAUACUCGCAAGAAUCCACCACUAACAUCAUAUACAUAAUACCACCUACGCAAACAUACAUACCUCACACUGACUCACUACCCACAUCACUAACUCCUCAUCAACAUCACAUACCCCUACUCAUACAAUACUCCGCUACUACACACCCAAUCGCUCAUAACAAACCUACGCGCAUAUACACACCUCCAUCAACCAUAACUACCCCAACCAUCAAACAUAAAUACACUACCAAGAAUACAACUAGGACUAAUCCAAGACAUACACCCUACCACAGCAUACAACAUAAACUAACUACCCAACUUCAAGACCACAACCCUCAACUCUCCAUAACCACACCCACAUGCACACAGCUACAUGAUCCAUCACAGAAUACUCUACAUAAUCACAUACCCUACCAAUACAUCACAUACCAUCACUCAUCCGUUACUACGCAUCACUCGACACAUUCAUCUAUAACAAACUGUACGCACUGAUCUCACCAAUGAAACCAAGAGUUCCAGAUGUACAAAAUGGCUCAAACUACAUACCGACGAUUGACUGAUUCAAUUUGACGCUUCGAGCUUUCAAGUGUGACUUCCUUAUGGAACUAGCGGGGAUCCGAGGUGAAACACAUGUUAAUAGCUGUACAAACGUUUUGGUAUGAGCGGUUCGCAAUUCCGAGUGCAACUUCAGGAAUAAAAGGCAAAAUGGAACAUUCCAAUCUCUUCAUGAGCAUAUUGAAGGGUUGCGAAUGUACGGCACUGAUGCAUGAAACCAUAGAGGGUUCCAGGAUGAUACAACCAUGUGCCUCAAAGUCUUCGUACAAUGAACCUGCACUAGUGUUGACUAGUGUUGACUAGUGUUGACUAGUGUUGACUGGUGUUGACUGUUUCUGUGUCUUCUGCAGCCUUGUGUCAAGUUUGUGACUUCCUUCAUGGAGAAACACGCAAUCAUCGCGCUGGGGAUUGCAUUCGGCGUCGCAGUCUUGAUGGUAAGAAUCCAAAAGUCCCAUUGCUAUAACAAAUCCACUAUUUAAUACAUUAUAAUAUGCAACGUACCGGUCAUAGAAAUUGAAUAUAUUUCUAUGGUACUAGUCAAUGUUCAGUACUGGUCUGUUUCAUCUUCUCCAUCUCUUACUUUAUGGCUGUUGUCAUUAAGAUGGAUAUGUGCAAUUCACUCUGUCACUGUUCAAUACUUAGUGAACGUGUCCUGGUCCCAGAUCUGUUGCCACCUUCUUGGCAACGCAGAUGUCAAAUAACAACCCGUUGGCAAGACUGUACAAACGGCUCUGGAACCAGGCUAGACACCCCGAAUUUGAUGUGGGACCGGGGCUAUAGCCUGGUAGUGAGUGGGUUGUGAAGUACCUUCUUUCGUUUUGUGUUUCAGCUCUUUGGAAUGGCCUUCGCCAUGACCCUGUACUGCCAGAUUGGGAAGAGGGAUGCCAACACUGCCUAAAUGCAGCGACACAUGAUACACCUUCAUCCAGGGUUGUGGUCAAUUUUGAAUUGGAAGUCAUCAAUUCAGGAAGUAAACUGAAAU